AUGACUGACCGCUACAACAUUCAUUCCCAACUGGAGCACCUGCAGUCCAAGUACAUUGGCACCGGUCACGCAGACACGACCAAGUUCGAGUGGCUGGUCAAUCAACACCGCGACACUUAUGCCACAUACUUCGGCCACCCCGAUCUGAUGGCGUACUUUGCCAUUGCCGAGAAUGAAUCAAUCGGGCGUAUGCGCUUCAACCUGAUGGAAAAGAUGCUCCAACCGUGUGGUGUGACUCCGGACAAGCCUGAAGAAUAG